AUGGUGACAGUUGGACUUACUCACCCAGAACCGAGGAUGCCUGGAGGAAGCUGUAACAUCAACGCUAUCAGCAUCAAUGUCUUAACCAUCAUCAUCAACUUCAUCAUCAUUAACAUUAAAGCUAUCAGCAUCAAUGUCUUAGCCAUCAUCAUCAUGUUUAUCAUUAGUAACAUCAACGCUAUCAGCAUCAAUGUCUUUAUCAUCAUCUUCAUCUUCAUCAUCAUUAACAACAACACUAUCAACAUCAAUGUCUUAACCAUCAUCAUCAACUUCAUCAUCAUUAACAUUAAAGCUAUCAGCAUCAAUGUCUUAGCCAUCAUCAUCAUGUUUAUCAUUAGUAACAUCAACGCUAUCAGCAUCAAUGUCUUUAUCAUCAUCUUCAUCUUCAUCAUCAUUAACAACAACACUAUCAACAUCAAUGUCUUAGCUAUCAUCUUCAUCUUCAUCAUCAUUAACAUCAACGCUAUCAGCAUCAAUGUCUUUAUCAUCAUCUUCAUCUUCAUCAUUAUUAACAUUAACGCUAUCAGCAUCAAUGUCUUAGCCAUCAUCAUCAACUUCAUCAUCAUUAACAUUAAAGCUAUCAGCAUCAAUGUCUUAGCCAUCAUCAUCAUGUUUAUCAUUAGUAACAUCAACGCUAUCAGCAUCAAUGUCUUUAUCAUCAUCUUCAUCUUCAUCAUCAUUAACAACAACACUAUCAACAUCAAUGUCUUAGCUAUCAUCUUCAUCUUCAUCAUCAUUAACAUCAACGCUAUCAGCAUCAAUGUCUUUAUCAUCAUCUUCAUCUUCAUCAUCAUUAACAACAACACUAUCAACAUCAAUGUCUUAGCCAUCAUCUUCAUCUUCAUCAUCAUUAACAUCAACGCUAUCAGCAUCAAUGUCUUUAUCAUCAUCUUCAUCUUCAUCAUCAUUAACAUUAACGCUAUCAGCAUCAAUGUCUUAGCCAUCAUCUUCAUCUUCAUCAUCAUUAACAUUAACGCUAUCAGCAUCAAUGUCUUUAUCAUCAUCUUCAUCUUUAUCAUCAUUAACAACAACACUAUCAACAUCAAUGUCGUUAUGAUCAUCACCUUCAUUAUCAUCAUCACCAUCGUCGACAAUAAUUAA